AUGGCGUUACGUCGCAUCGCACUCGGUGCGGCGCGUCGCGUCCUCGCCCCGCGCGGCGCCGGGAUCUUCGGCGAGAGCGUCCACGGCGGACCGCGUCGCCCGCCGUUCGUUAGGUUUUGCGCGGGUGGUGGAUCGUCGGGCCCCAGCGACGGGAACGAGCGCGGCGACGACGGGGAGGACGCCGCCGGCGCCGACGCCCCCGUCGCGGAGGUCGAAUCGCCGGUGUGGAACGUUCCGGACGACGCGCCCUCGCCCGAGACCCACGCGCGGGCGUCGUCGUCGUCGCCGGUUGGCCAGGACGGCGAUCGGACGAGCGACGGAAAGGACGACCCCGCGCGGGGGAAGAAGUUCGUCCCGUACUUCGUCCGCGCGGGCAACGCCGCGGGCGCCGACGGCGGCGACACCGACGCCGACGCGCCCCAACGCGAACGACGGGGCGAGCAGCGCGGCGGUUCCGCCGCCCGGCGUCGAUGGGACGAGUCCGAGAAUCUGUUCGUGAGAAACCUUCCGCCCGACUUUAGCGCCGCGCGACUCGCCAAACUCUUCCGCCAGCACGGCGACGUCCUCUCCGCCAAGUACGUCGCCGACGUCGAACGAUCGCCGUACGGCUUCGUCCGAUUCAAGUCCAAGGAAGACGCGGCACGGGCGGUGGCGGAGUUGCACGGGGUGAAGCUCGGCGGCGACGGCGUGGGUCCCGCGACGGCGCCGCUGGAGGUGAGCGUCGCCAUGACCAAGGCGGAACAGAGGGACGCGCUCGCGGACAGGCGCAGGCGAAAGGAGGAGGCGCGGGAGGAACGCGCGGCGAGGAAAGCGGCGUGGGAGACGCGGCACAAGGAGUGGCUCGCGAGGCAAGCCGAGUGGAACGAGCGGCAGCGGCUGCGGGAGGAGCGACGCGCCGCCGCGAGGGAACGCGUUUCCAUUCACGUCAAGGGCGCGCCCAGGGGUUUAGACGCGGAGAAGGUGGCGAAGAUUUUCGCCCCGUUUGGCGACGUCGCGAGGGUCAAGCUGUGGUACGCCAACGGCCCGAGCCCUUCGGCGGUGCUCUCGAUGGGCACGGCGGAGCAGGCGGCGGCGGCGAUCGCGAUGCUCGGCGGGCGGAAGCUCGAGGGGUGUCUCAACCCCAUGACGAUCACGGUGGCGCGCAGAUCCGGCGGCAAGGGCGCGAAAGCCCCAUCCGAAUCCGCCGACGAGUCUUCGGACUCGGAGGACUCCGAAUCCUCCGAUUCCUCCGAGUCCUCCGAGUCCGAGUCCGAACCCGACGUCGUCAAGCUCCCGGUGAUUGACGUGGACGACGAGAUGCUCGCGAAGCAGAGGGCCGCGAUGGACGCCGCGUCCGCCAUCGCCGCGGAGGUUCGAGCCGCGCGGUCGGACGCGUUUGUCGGACGAAGACCGACCGGGGACGGGGACCGAUCGGGGACCGGUCGCGACGACGCGAGAGCCGGCCGCGCGUACGGCGGCAGACGCGGGCCGGGCGGUUCUCCGACGGCCGCGUCAUCCAUCGGUCGACACGCGGCACGCGGCGAGGCGGUCGCCGGGCCCGGCGCCUCGGACUUUCGCCUCGACGCUCGAGCGACGGAGCGGCUGGAGUCGGCGGCGGGCGGCUUCUCGCGGCGACGGGGCGCCGGACGAUCUCAGUUUGGCGGUUUCGAGAACGCGUCGCUUCGACCGGGGGGUCGGAGAGGACCGGGUGGCGGUUCGGGUGGCGGUUCGUCUUCCCGGCGUCGGUCCGCGCGUGACGUUCCGUUCGGCGCCGGCCCGAUCGACGCCAAGACGCGUGCGGCGAUCGCCGCGAGGGUGCGCGAGGCGCGGGAGGCGGCGCACGGCGACGUCACCUUCGACUGGGACGUCGGCGAGUUUGAGCACGGCGCGAGGCUCGAGUUUGACGAGAACUGGAACACGGCGGAGUUCAACGCCGCGCCUUACGUGCCCGGGUUUGGACUUGCCAAGCCCGUGGAAGAGGAGGACGGCGCGAUGCUCGACGCGCACAAGGACUGGCUCAUGCGCGUGGGUAACAUCGCGAAUGACGCGCAGUACGAGGAGAGCAAGAGGAUCGCGCUCCAGCAGUUUGAGCACUACAAGAGGAUGGACGAGAAGGAACGCAUCAGCCGCGGGGCUUCGCCGUUUCACGGGGAUUUCAUCGCGGAGAGGCAAUCCCUGGCGGAGCAGGUGGAGGGCAUCCCGGCUGACUCGCCCAUGUACGCCUUUGCCAAGAAGGCGGUGGACGCGUUGGACGGUAACGCGGGGUGGAGUUACGAUCGAAAGGUUCGCGCGCUUCGGUUCCUCGCCACGAGGGCGGAGAAGUACGGCCAAGGCGAGGACGCGUCGGCGCCGGUCGAGGGGUGA